AUGCUAUCAAUCUUGAAGAGAGAGUUUCCUGAUGGAAACUUUCAAAGCUUGUUUGAAGGAUCUUCACGUCUUGUUGUACCUUCUUCCUCCUCGUCCUCCAGUAUAGCUGCUGAUCCUUUGCUGUCUUCCUUCAUUUCUCCAAUGGCAGAUGGACUUUUCAUUUCAGAAACAAGUUCUGCCAAGAAGACAUUGAAUCAGAGUUUGCCUGAACGGAGUGUUGAGAAGAAGUCGCUUUCAGCAGAGGAUCAUAGAGAGAAGUUGAAACAGAGCGAGUUUGUUCAAGGGAUUUUCAGCUCCAUGAUUCUUGAUGAUGAUUUAUAA